UCAAGGGCGGCUCCAAGACACCCUAAAAAAAACAAAAAACAAAAAAAAAACAACCCAACCAGGGUGGGCGCUUGGGCUCUGGACGGGGUGCCAGAGUUCAGGGAAAAACACAAAAUAACUCAGUCCAGAAAAUAGGCUAAACGGGCAGGGCCUGUCGUGAACUGUCGAUCAGGUAGCGAAGAGGCGGACCUACGAUGGCGGGUCCGGGGGCAUAACACCGGCAACGGCGCCGGAGGCGAACCCGUGGCUUCCAUAAAGAAGAGGCUUUUCUAACAUAGCAAUGGCUGCAGCAGUCUUCCCAAAUCAGACGGCUCUUCCACAUUGUGUGGGCUCCCCAACUGAAAUGAGAACUCAGGGUGGCUCAGCGAACAACCUGAAGUUUAUUUGUGAGUUUAGGCCUGAUGAAGACAACAGUGUAAACGGGGAUUUUGAGUCUGUGACCGUCAUCCUCCCUGCGCAGUGCAGCAUCAGCCAGUUGAGGCUACGCAUUUGCAUGAAGGCACAAGAACAAAACUGCCAUCCUGAUCCAUUUGCAAUAUUGGAUCCUGAGAAAUACAUCCUGUUGUAUGCCAGAGGGGACGACUGGUAUGAAGCCCAUGAUGACUGUCAGAUCAUCCGGACAUUAGAUAUCCCAUGGUCACAUGAUGAUUCUCCGUGUCUAGUGGCGCACAUAGUAGCAAAGCCUCUGGUCGCCGGUGAUUCAGAACAAAAGAAAAAUCAACAGGAGUGUUUGAAUUACUUGAUUGGACAUGAUCUGGACAAUGAGGCGUCAGACAGACUUGGUGAACUUACAUUCACCCGCAGGAAGCUGGCAUCUCCACGAAGGCUGGAGCUGAGGAAUCGGGAUAAGGUUCUGUAUGCCACAGAGCCCUGGGUUACCCAGGCACCCAUCCCUAAUGAGCUUGAAGAAUGGCUAAACAGGAAGCUUUGUCUCACCCUGCACUACAUGAGCAAGAUCAGCUUCAGCAUACAGGUUGAUUUGAAGGCAACUCCAGAUGUUCUUCUUGAGGUUUUUAGAAGGGUUAUGGCAGAUCAAAGGGUCGAAUAUAACUCUUCUGAAGAGUUGGUUUUGAAGGUCUCAGGUAGGGAGGAGUUCUUGUCUGGUGAAAACUGUCUUUGUGAUUUCCUCUGGGUUCGACAGUGCUUGAAAGCCAAUCAGGAUCUCCACCUUUCUGUUGUUCCUGUCUCACAACUUGCUGCAGACACUGUCAGAUUUGUAGACUGGCCACUUGUUGAUGGUUUCAGUGGUCAGUUCAGCUCCCAUGAUGAUCUUAGUCUUCUAGGCAAAGAUCUGGAUGACAUCUUCAUGAUUUCUUUGUGGGACUGCAACAGAAAGUUCAGAGUGAAACUGCUUGGCUUUGAUAUUCCACAACUGCCAAACAAGCCCCCUCAGUCUGUCUAUGUUGAAGCAUCCAUACUUUAUGGCGGCAAAGUCCUCUGCUCAGUAUCCUCCCUUCCCAAGCUCUUUGGAGACGAAGUACUUUGGAACGAGUGGCUGGAAUUUGACAUUCUCCUCCGGGACCUGCCUCGUGGAGUCAAGCUGAGCUUUACCAUUAAUACCUGUGCUAGCGACGUCUCUCCAACAACCAAGGACCCAAAGCCAGGAUUAUCCAGAGACUCCAAGGUUUCACUCAACAAGCAUACAGACACUCAGAAAGGAAAGACAAAGAUCCUUUACUUCGUCAACCUCCUUCUCAUAGAUCACCGGUCUGUCCUGAGUCAGGGUCCCUACACCCUGCACAUGUGGUCCUAUCCUGACCUGGAGGACGGAGCCAUCACCUACCAAGCUGAUAAGCUGUCCUCCGCUACAAACCCACAUAUUGAUGAAUCCAUGGCCAUCAGUUUCCUUCUAGACCGCUACAGCUUCCCUGUGGUUCUCCCAAACACCUUCAGCCACAAUGACGGGUCUGGCAGUCCAACCUCUGACCUUUUCCCUGACAAAUCUACUUCCUCAACCCAGUGCACUUCACCCAUCACUGAUUCUCUUUCUCCACAUGGGCAAUUUCUUCUGCCUCCAAAGACUGAAAGGGUAAGUCUGAGGUCCCCAUCACCCGUCUUUAACACCAAGAGGGAUUACCUCAAGAGGUUUCGGGAGGAGAGUGUCCAGUAUGGCUCCAACCUUCCCCACUUCUUGCGUAAUAUUAACUGGCUGGAUCGCAGGGUGGUGGAGGAUGUGCACUGGCUACUGGGACUCUGGGAUCCUGGGGAACUGGAUGUACAUGUGGCGCUAGAGCUGCUAAGUAUGGAUUUCCCAGAUGAGAUUGUCAGGAAACUAGCAGUAAGGAGACUGGAGAGUCUACCCAAUGAUGACGUGCUCAAAUAUUUGCUACAGCUGGUACAGACCCUGAAAGUGGAGCCUUACCACGACAGUUUUCUUGCUCGGUAUCUUAUUCAAAGAGCUCUGCGGAGCAAGAGAAUCGGCCACUUCUUCUUCUGGUAUGUGCGCAGUGAGGUUGCAGGGUGCCCAUACUUCCGCCAACGCAUGGCAGUGAUUCUGGAGGCCUAUCUGCUGGGAUGUGGCCAGGCUAUGAUCAACAUCUUCACCCAGCAGGUGCAGGCUGUGGAGGCCCUGCAGGAAGUCGCGAUGAUUAUCAAGAGAUUGUACCCAGACAAAACAGAUCUUCCUUCCUCAGCUCCACUCAAGCUGCAGGAGCUCCUCAGAAGCAGUAAUCUCCCAAAUGAAUUCCUGUUGCCCUUUGACCCCCGCAUCAAAGUGGGAACGAUUCUGCUGGACAAAUGCAAAGUGAUGGCCUCAAAGAAGAAGCCUCUGUGGUUGGAGUUCUCACCAAUGCCAUCGCCCACCUCCAGCACACCCGUUGGGAUUAUCUUCAAAGAGGGGGACGACCUCCGACAGGACAUGCUGGUCAUCCAGACCUUGGUGGUGAUGGAGUCCAUCUGGCAGGAACAAUCUCUGGACCUCAACCUGAUUCCAUAUGGAUGCAUCUCCACAGGACACAACAUAGGGAUGAUUGAAAUAGUAAGGAAUGCAGCGACCAUUGCUGCAGUGCAGAGAAGCCACGGCGGAACGACUGCAGCCUUCAGAAAUGACGCUCUGUUUGAGUGGCUCCGGUCCAAGUGUCCACUCCAGGAAAUACACUACAAGACAGUGGAGAGGUUCGUGAAGUCCUGUGCAGGAUACUGCGUGGCCACCUACGUCCUGGGAAUAGGAGACAGACACAACGACAACAUCAUGAUCACAGACCAAGGAAACUUGUUCCACAUCGACUUUGGUCACAUCCUGGGUAACAGGAAGCACUUUCUUGGAGUGAGCAGGGAGCGGGCACCGUUUGUCCUCACACCUGACUUCUUAUAUGUGAUGGGCAGGCUCAGAGGUCGAAACAGCCUCUAUUUUCAGCGGUUCCGGGUACGAAGCUGUGUGAUGAAGCUGUGUCACUCUGUGUGUGGUUGUGUGCUUUAGCUUAGACUGGAAAAAUGUUUGAAUUUAAAGAAGUGAGAAGUGGAGUCAUCCUUUACUUUUGAGUAGCAAAUAAUAAAGAUUUAUU